GAGCAUUAUCUAAGCAAACACUUGUCUUGGGAGCCGAUUGCUGCUCCUUUAGCUCUGCUGACAUCGACACAAUGUCAGACGAUGUAUUCGCUGCCAUGGGUAUCUCUGGCUUUGGAAAAGCGGCCACCAAGAGGCAGCUAGACCCUUCUCGGUUCGACAAAAACAAACGGGCAGAGGUUCCCAAAAGCAAACCAGCUGAACCUGUACAAGAAAUUGUUGCUGGACCUUCUAGCACUCCUUCAGGGCCUCCAAAGUCAGAAGAAUCCCGCGAAGACGACAAGAACGACCACAAUGACGAACCCGGUCCAUCAUCACCCCGUCAUGAACCAGAAUAUGAUCCCUCAGAAUUCGAUGAUGAUGCUGAUGACAGCGAACUGCCUCUUUUCCCUGUUACUCACGAAAUCGUCUUGAAGGACCAUACCAAAGUCGUCUCUGCGCUUGCGUUGGACCCUUCAGGUGCAAGGAUAUUGUCUGGUUCACAUGAUUACGACUGUAAAUUAUGGGACUUCGGUGGAAUGGACAUGAGAUACAAACCUUUCAAGACCUGGGAGCCUGCUGGAAGUUAUCACAUCCAUGAUCUAAAGUAUUCGAACGAUGGCCAAAAGUUUCUCGUUAUAUCGGGAACUACUCAGGCCAAGCUGUAUGACAGAGAUGGCGAAGAAGAGGCUACUUUUAUCAAGGGUGACCCUUAUAUCCGUGAUAUGAAGCACACAUCGGGUCAUGUUGGGGAGCUGUCCUCUUGUGCCUGGCAUCCGAAGGACUCGAAAAUCUUUAUUACGGGCUCCGCGGAUUCUACCAUCCGGAUAUGGGACGUAGAAAAUAAACGCAAGCAAAAGACCGUUAUUGUCGUCAAAUCCAAAGAACGGGGAGCUCGAACCAAAGUAACAGCAUGCGCUUAUUCGAUAGAUGGGCGUAUAAUUGGGGGAGCUUGCCUGGAUGGAGCAUUGCAUAUGUGGCAAACCAACUCGAACUUCGUGAGACCAAAUCUAUCGAUUGAAGGAGCUCAUACAAAGGGAACUGAAACCGGGUCAGUUGUCUUUGGCGUUGACGGCCGUACAGUGCUUACUCGAGGAGGGGAUGAUACCGUGAAAUUAUGGGAUUUACGUUCAUUCAAGAAGCCACUAGCGACACAGUCAGGCCUGGCAACUUUGUACCCGAAUACGAACGCAAUGUUUAGUCCAGAUAGUAAAUAUGUGAUAACAGGGGCUGCUGCGACGUCAAAAGGAGGCAACGGGAAGCUCAUGUUCUUGGAUAAGACUACUUUGGAAGCUGUGAAGACGCUAGAGGUGGAUUCGACGCCGGUAAAGGUGUUUUGGCACUCAAAGAUCAAUCAGAUUGUGACCGGUUUGUCGAGCGGGCAAAUAUGUGUGCUGUAUUCGCCAUUAACGUCGACGAACGGGGCGAAGUUGUUGAUGAAUAAAGGUCCGCCGAGGAAGGUGACAAUUGAGGAUAUGUCAGACGCAUUGGCAGCGCCGUCGAUUGUGACACCACACGCCUUACCGAUGUUCCGGGAGGGCGACGGCAUUGUCAAGACAUUGAAGAGAAAGCGGGACAAGGACAGGAUGGACCCUCGCAAGAGCAGGAGGCCGGAAUUGCCAGUGACUGGGCCAGGGCGGGGCGGACGGGUUGGAGCGAGUGCAACACAGCACGUUGUUCAGAAUCUUGUCCGGGACACGACCCGAGAUGAAGACCCUCGAGAAGCACUACUCAAAUAUGCAACAAGGGCAACAGAGGAUCCCCAAUGGACAGCAGCAUGGCGAGUGAACCAGCCGAAACCCGUGUUUGCAGCGAUCGAAGAAGAAGAAAACGAAGAGCAGGACACGUAGAUAGAGAAGACAGAGAGUGAGGGCAAAUAGGGAGGGAGGGAGGAAGGCAAGGGGCGGGGCAAAAGAGCCAGUGGUGGUCCCUGCGCGGGAUCGAACCUUAUCGAGAAUAAGUAUAUAAAGG